GGACUACGUUGAUGCCAGCAACCUACGAUAAGAUAAAGCACAAAGUUACUUAUCUCAUAGCAAAUGCGGAAUGGAUCAGUUUCACAACUGAUAUUUGGAGCAACUCCACCAAAUCAUGCUCCUUGCUCAGUUUUACAGCACAUUUCAUAGAAGGGCCUCGUAGGCUAAAAGUUAUUUUGGCAGCUAGCGUUCUGGAAACUGAUCAUACCGCUCAAAAUAUUUUUGCUGAUUUAAACAAAGUUAUAGAAGAAUACAACAUUCGGUCAAAAAUUCAUUUGGCGGUAACUGACAAUGCUGCAAAUAUGAGAGCAGCAAUGAAGUUGGGUAAUAUUAAAUGGUUUGGGUGUACGGCACAUACCGGAAAAAUAUUCAAGAUAUAUCACACAAAUGCCGAAAAAUUGUGGGACAUUUUAAGAGAAGUGAGCAGGCAUGUCGCUACUUAAAAAAAUGCCAAGAAACGCUUGGUUUGCCUAAUCAUUCACUAAUACAAGAGGUUGUUUGCAGAUGGAAUAGUACAUAUUUGAUGUUAAGUAGAUUAUACGAGCAGAAGGCUGCCAUUAAUUUAUAUAUAGCAGAACGUGGUUCUAUAGAAAUAUUGUCUGUUAGUGAAUGGGCGGAUAUAUCUAAUGUAAUAUCAGUAUUAAAGCCGUUUUACCAAGCAACUCUUGAUCUGUCUUAUGAGUCUACGUGUGCAUCUGUCAUAAUACCUUUAAUUUCCAUGAUUCAAAUUAAGCUCGAAUCUAAUGAUAACGACGGUGCUGAAAUUGCGAUGCUAAAGGUAAAUUUAAAAACGUCUUUAUCGCGGCGAUUCGAAUUUAUUAAGACAAAUACAGAGUUGCUUAUUUCCACACUACUUGACCCGCGUUUUAAACAAAAAUAUUUCUCAACCGCAGAAACUCGUAGAUGUGAAACUCUAUUGAAAGAACAAAUAAAUACAAAUAAAGAUUCGUUGGAAGUUUUACCAGCUGUUUCUCCCACUCGCUCCUCUGAAACAAUUCACACUAACAAUCUUUGGGAAUCUCACGAUUCUGAUAUAUUAUCUCAAGGUAUUGAAGUGAAAGAAGGUAUAUCACAAUUAAAAAAACAGCUUGAUUCCUAUCUUAAUGAGCAACGUAUUCCUCGGGAUAGUAAUAUUUUUGAAUAUUGGCAUCAGAGUCCAUAUUUUCUCUUGAAAAAAAUAGCUACCAAAUAUAUGUCAGCUCCGGCGUCAAGCGUUGCGAGUGAACAGCUUUUCAGUGCUGCGGGUCAGCUCUAUAGCGAUAGGCGUACCAAUUUACUCGGAGAAAACGCCAAUAAGCUUCUAUUUUUGCAUUACAAUAUUAAAUUAUUCAACUUUGACUAUUAAUUUAAAGACGUACAUAUGUAUGUACAUGCCU